AUGCUGCAUGCAGAGAAAGACGAUGAAUUUGCAGGCCCUCUUGGAGAUCAGGGGGAAAGCAUGGAGCAGCAGCAGCAGCAGCAGCAGCAACAGCAGCAGCAGCAGCAGCAACAGCAACAGCAGCAAACGAAAAUGCAGCAGCCGAAAAAGGAGAGAAAGCAGCGGCAGCAGAGCGCGCAGAAGGAGGAGAAGCAGCACAAGAAGAUACAGAAAAAAAAGAAAAAGAAAAAGAAAAAGAAAAAGAAGAAAAAGAAAAAAAAAAUAAAGAAGAAAUAA